AGCUCCACCGGGAACAGACCGGACCCGCAGCCUUGAACCACCUCCAGCUGGCAGCCUCCAGCGGAAAGAUGGCGACGCGAGUCCUCGGCAGAGUGGGCAAAGGCCUCAACCGGACGAGAAAUGGCCUUCAGGAGAAUGGGCAGGUCACGGCUGUCGUGAGAAGCCUCUCAGCUCAGCGGGAAGACAGCUGGUUCAAGUCUCUGUUUGUUAGAAAGGUUGACCCCCGAAAAGACGCUCACUCUCAUCUGCUCGCCAAGAAGGAAGACGACAAUCUGUACAAAAUACAGUUUCACAAUGUCAAGCCGGAGUGCCUUGAUGCCUACAAUGAUCUUUGUGCGGACAUCUUUCCUUACAUUCAUGCUGACCCUGAAUAUCCUUGUGAGCUUGUGGGCACCUGGAAUACCUGGUACGGAGAGCAGGAUCAGGCAGUUCACCUGUGGAGAUAUCGGGGAGGAUACCCGGCUCUCACCGAAGUCAUGAACAAGCUUCGGCAGAAUGAGAAGUUUACAGACUACAGGAAAGAGAGGGGGAAGAUGCUGCUGUCUCGUAGGAACCAGCUGCUGCUGGAGUUCAGCUUCUGGAACGAACCGGUCCCUCGUCCAGGACCCAACAUCUAUGAACUCCGAUCAUACCAACUCCGGCCAGGGACGAUGAUCGAGUGGGGAAACUACUGGGCGCGCGCGAUCAACUUUCGCCAGCAGAAUCACGAGGCAGUGGGAGGCUUUUUCUCACAGAUUGGAAGUCUGUGCACAGUUCACCACUUAUGGGCUUACAAAGACCUUCAGUCCAGAGAAGACACGAGAAAUGCAGCCUGGCAGCAUGACGGCUGGGAUGAGGUUGUUUAUUACACGGUCCCUCUGAUUCAGCACAUGGAAUCUAGAAUAAUGAUUCCCAUGAAGAAUUCGCCCUUGAAGUAACCAAAUACACAGAGGAACCUCUCAACUGUCACACUGGAGAGUUAACCAACCAUCAGUCGGUGCACUGCCAGCAAAAUAUGCAGCAACAUCAUGUUUCAAUGUUUGUGUCCUUUAUCUUCUUGUUUUUCUUUUUUUUUCUUCUCCCUCUGAGCUUAAAUCGGUUAUUAUCAAAACCCGAGCAGUUACUGAUCUGUUAAUGUGCUUUGUGGAGACGAAAUAUAAUGUCCCUUCUAUUUCAAUAUCAAUAUUUUAAAACCGUCUGAUUUGAGACAGUUUGUCUUACUUUUUGAUAAUUUAAUAACAUCAGUAUAAGAGUGCGAAGAAAAUGCCAAAAAUGCAGUUCUAGUGCUGGAUACAACCUGAUCUUUCUGAAAUGUGACUUUUAAAUUGUGACAUUAGCACUGAUACACAAAUCCAACAAAAGUUACUGCCCCCAGAGCUCACAGUUCACUAUCAAUGAAUUGAAUAAGCUUGUUAAGAUGUUACAGGUCUAGUGUAGGGCCGCAGACCGACUCUACCUUUUUAUAUUCUGUAAAAUUUGACCAGGUCUAUCCAAGAAAAUGUGACCGUUUACAAGGAUUUGUUCCAGUCAACUGAUAAUAUGAAGACGGCGCAAUUCAAAUUAAUCAAUGCACCACAAGAAGUCAGAAGAGUAAGCCAGGCUGUAAUGUAGUGCACAUCCAUUUCACACCAUCCGAAAUACGCAACAACAUUGAACCAAUCUAAUUGCUUUACGCUGUUUGACUUCCCCCUUUGUCAAGACAUAAAUGCCAACCUGAUUGUGUGCUCUAAUUGAAAUGAAUGGUCAGGUUGUAGAUAUACAUAGUGGGUUUAUUGAUAAAUUCAGAUUUAUGGUAAACUCAACCGGUUAAUGAAGUGGGAUGUUCUAAAUUUUCAGAUAACAAUGGAAGAGGAGGAAUAUCCCUAUUUGGUAAAUGCGAAUCAUAGUGCUUUAAUAAGAUUAGUUGUACAUAUUUAAUUAAACGUCUGAUACGAACAGAUAACGUGUUGGAUUUUUU